UCUGAGCAUCAUCAUCAUACUUUCUCAGCUGGCUUCUCAUCCUUAUCUUCCAUCCAUCCUCUCUAUUUUUACUUCCAAACACCAAGUGCUUUGCUACAGAAAAUCAAGAAAAGAAGUUGAUUAUAGCCAUGGCAUUUGCAGGAACAACACAAAAGUGCAUGGCUUGUGACAAAACUGUCUAUCUUGUUGACAAAUUAACUGCAGAUAACAGAAUCUAUCACAAAGCUUGUUUCAGAUGUCAUCACUGCAAGGGCACCCUCAAGCUUGGCAACUACAAUUCCUUUGAAGGAGUUCUUUACUGUAGACCACACUUUGAUCAGCUCUUCAAACAAACUGGCAGUUUGGAUAAAAGCUUUGAAGGGACACCAAAAAUUGUGAAGCCACAGAAACUCAUUGACAGUGAGAAACCACAGGUAGCUAAAGUGACAAGCAUGUUUGGUGGAACAAGGGAGAAAUGUUUUGGCUGCAAGAACACUGUCUAUCCAACAGAAAAGGUAUCAGUUAAUGGUACACCAUACCACAAGAACUGCUUCAAAUGUAGCCAUGGAGGGUGUGUAAUUAGCCCUUCCAACUAUAUCGCACAUGAAGGACGCCUCUACUGUAAGCAUCACCAUAUUCAACUUAUCAAGGAGAAAGGCAACUUAAGCAAGCUUGAGGGUGACCAUGAGACGAUCCCCGCGAUAACAACAGAAGUUACUGCAGAAUCAUAAACAACCGAAACAGUUGAUCAUUCCUUAGCUUUCCGCUAUCAUGUCUACCUGUCUCCUAAGUUCAAGAAUCUGUAUGUGCUAGCGUUAUUUCGCUGAGGUCUUCAGCAGCGUCCAUUAAUGUGCUUCCGUUCUGCAGCCUAUGUUUCCUCUCAUCUUCCAUUAAUUUGAUGCUGAACUAUAAUCUACUUCUGUGUUAAGAUUUUUGACCUUUGUUUCUUGUGCUUCACUUGUAUCGUGUGGAUGUUAAAUGAGAUUGAAUAUAACACAGUUUUUUUGUCCAGUG